AUGAGCGGCGUAACCAGAGUGUGCGCAAGCUGCGUCUGCCCAGCUUCGGCUUGCCCCCAUGUUGCCGGUUGUCCGCUCUGGGCUCCGGUGCUGCCUCUGGACGCGAAAGGUGUGCAGCUCGAGGUUCCCAAGCUGGUCCGGCCGACUGACAGCUUCGAGGUGCACGACCCGCUGGUCAAGGUCCGGUUCUACUGCUGCGGAUGCCCGUUGAAGCACACCGUCCACUUCAACGGGGAAGCGCUCGGCCUGUACGCGUGGAGCAGGGCCAUCAUCGUCACGCAAGAGUCUUGCCAGCUUCUGCUUCGUUCCGUUCAAGGGACCGCAUCAGCCUUCAGCGCCCUAAUCAGCGCACAUAAGGAGGUCCGAGGGCGCUUCUCGCCGGGGGCCCCUCCCCUCCUCAGCGAGGAGUCGUGGCGGAAGGUCUGCUUGGCCUUCUUCCGGCUGUGUGGGCGGAGCAUCCUCGAGUGCUGUAGCCUGUGCGGGCCACAUCCAGACGUCCUGCUCUGCGAUGGUAUCGCUGGGCUAGCGUGCGCGGACGGUAGCAAAUCGAAAGGCGGGUUGGCGGGGACGGCAGCAAGCGAACUCCGGCCUUUCACAGCUCCGAGCCGGAAUAGUUCGGGGGAGACCGUCGUGAAGCACAUGGAAGCGGGUCUCAACUUCAGUGCGACUGCGCUGGAGGGGCGGGGGCUCAAGAGGCGCCUGAUCCACCAGCCGGAGCUGCGGGCUCUGCUGGCGCGGUACAGCCAGCAUCAUCCGAAGGACCCGGACCUGGGCGCGCAGCUGAGCGAGAGCGAAUUCCAGGAGCUGCUGGCUACGCUUGGUCGCGAUGACGUGGAGCUCGUCUCCGAAUUUGUCCCCGACCCCGACGAUGCGGAUGCCGAGCCCGUCCUGCUCCACUGGAGGAGGCGCCUUCUGCAAGAGCAGAUCGGGCAGAUCCGAUCGAAGAACCGAGCUGCACGGCUCCUGUUGGAGGGCAUCCGGAGGGAGACGGGCCUUGCUGCGCCGGGCGCCAACCCCGGUCGAGUGCGUUCGCCGCGGAAGUGGUGGGCGGAACUGCUGUACGCUCUGGGGUCCCCUCAAACCGUCAGCGACGACAGCAACCUGAUCCAGCACGGGGCUGCACUGGCUGUGGUUCGGUUGAUUCUUCUGGGGGGUUCAGCAGACGAGGGGGAGAAGGCCGUGCUGGCAGAGCAUGCGCCUAUCCUUCGUCGGUUGCUGGACAACUACCACGGGGUGUUUCCGGCCUACUUUCUUCCCAGUCUCCAUCAUUUGUACCGGUUGACCGUUUUCGGGCGCGGGGCGGUCGGGCUGGGGGUCGGUCGAGCCGGUUGGGCGCUGUCUGCUGUCCAGGGGUUGGAUGCCUGCGUUUGGCUGCUGCAGUUGAGACGGAUCGAUCCAGGGUCUUGGAACGAGGAGCGAGAGGAGAGCUACACCUUCUAG